UACGCGUUCGCUUUCAUAACACAUUAACCUUCUUUCUCCUUCACCCUCUUUCUUCUCAUUACGUCCUUUUCCGUUAGGGUUUUGUGUUCUGUGUUAUUCCUUCGAUUUCUUCUCCGUUGACUCUAAAUUUUGAUGGUUCGGUUUAUGGGUUCUAAGAAUCCCCGUUCUCAAUGGGAAUCGUCUUCUGCUACUUCCUCCAUUUCCCCCAAAUUUGAGAUCGAGGAUUCCAUUCAAGAUCAACAUGCUCCUCUCAACAAGCGUCACAAAGCUACUAAUGAUAUACUUAAUGAGCCCAGCCCUUUGGGUUUAAGUCUCAGGAAGAGCCCUUCACUGUUAGAUUUGAUACAAAUGACGCUUUGUCAAGAAAAUUCAGUUAAUGCAAAUACUGCAAAUGAUAAUUUAAACUCUAAAGCGAACAAGAACGGUCGUGCUUCAGUUGAAAAGCUGAAGGCUUCAAAUUUCCCAGCUACACAUUUAAAAAUUGGUUCAUGGGAGUAUAAAUCAAAAUAUGAAGGUGACUUAGUGGCAAAGUGUUACUUUGCCAAACAGAAGCUUGUUUGGGAAGUUCUUGAGGGUGAGCUGAAAAGUAAAAUAGAAAUUCAAUGGUCCGACAUCAGUCAACUUAAAGCCAAUUGUCCUGAUGAUGGACCUAGCACAUUGACCUUAAUGGUUGCCAGACAGCCUCUUUUCUUCAGGGAGACUAAUCCUCAACCUAGAAAGCACACACUGUGGCAGUCAACGACAGAUUUUACCGGUGGACAGGCCAGCAUACAUAGGCGGCAUGUUUUGCAAUGUGAACAAGGACUGUUGAUCAAGCAUUAUGAAAAGCUCGUCCAGUGUAACGAUCGUCUUAAGUUCUUAAGCCAACAGCCAGAGAUAAUGGUUGAUUCACCUCAUUUUGAUCCACGAUCCGCUGCUAUUGAGAACCCUCACAAUCUAAAAGAUUGUGAUUUGCAUCAAGGCAAUGGAUCAGCUGUCUCUUGUUUUCAGAACAUGGGAUCUCCUCAUUCAUCUCUGUCACCAUCAUUUACGACUGAGCACAGCGAUCCUUCUGCUAUUACCUUAGAUAGUGUGCCCUGCGAAGCACCUUCCUCCAGUUCAGAAGCGAUGUAUAAUUCUGAAGCUGAUUCAAAGGGAUCAAGAAACUGGGAUCAAAUAAAACUGCCUGGGCUCCGUCCUUCUAUGUCAAUGAGCGAUUUUCUUGGCCACAUUGAACAUCACAUUUCCAAAGAAAUGGCUUCAGGGGAUCCUUCCUUUUCUGCUGAAAGAUUGGAGUACCAGCAAAUGAUGGAUGGCAUUACACAGCAUCUGCUUAACGACAAUCAGGUUACAACAGACUCUGAUGAAAAAUCACUUAUGUCAAGGGUAAAUUCUCUACGCUGUCUCUUACAAAUGGAUCCCCCAGCAGUGCCCAAUUCACAUGACAACACGGGCUUUAUUGAAGGACCUAAUGAUGCAAAAGUCAACAUAGAUAUCAAGGCUACUGAAGAGAACUCGAGAGAUGUUUAUGGUGGCAAUCCGGCACCAGGCAUGUCGAGGAAAGACUCAUUUGGAGAUUUGCUUCUUAGUCUUCCUCGAAUUGCAUCUCUUCCAAAAUUCUUGUUUGACAUAUCAGAAGAUUAGUCCCAAUUUGGGAAUUUCAGAAUGUUCAAGUAGUGUAUAAAAAGCUUAAUUUUUUUUCUUCAUAGGAGGCACUAGCAUUUGGAAAUUAUUUUAAUGAAGAAUCUUGGUGCAACCCGUGUAAAAACAUUUCUAUGUGUUUUAGUUCUUUAUUUUUUGCUUUUUCACUGAGUCUCAUUGAUAGCUGUCUACCUUCAAGUAAACUAUGUUUACCUUGUUAAACAUCCGGGUAUGUGGAUUUAGAUACUCGUAUUGCUUUGUUAAGGAUGGCAUUGUUUUGUUGUUAUUGGUGAUGUUAUGGAUGUCACUUUUCUUCC